AUGAAUUUAAACAGAAGUUUGGAUCACUUCCAGUUUAACGUUCUGAAGUUAAAGUUUGCAGCUGGUAACUUCCAGCAUAAUGUGUUAGAUGCAUCUCCUAAAGCUGAAGAACUCAAAAGACUACAGCAUACCUUGGAGCAAGUUAGUGAUGGAAAAUAUUUACUUGAAAACCAUCAGCUUGCUAUGGACAUGGACAUGGAGAAUAAUAUUGAGAAAUAUCAUAUCAAUUUACAGCCCUUGGAAUCAAAAGUGAAAGUCAUUCAAAGAGCAUGGCGUGAAUAUCUCCAACGUCAAGAUACACAGAGUCAGAACCAUUUAGAAAAGCGCAGUCCUUCACCACCUUCCUUGUCAUCUGGCAAAAUGAGCAGCUCUAUCAGUAUGAACAUCUUUUCGGAUGACAGUACACCUGCUGAGCAUGCUGCAGAUCCCAUCAGACAGAGAUUGUCAACUUACUGGAAGUAGGACAUGGCUUUUACUGCUAUAGCCCCUGCCUUAUGGAAUAUUCUCCCCUCGAAGAUCAGAAUGGUCCCAACCAUGGCUACGGCAUCUAGGUCUUGGAAUGUGUUAAGGAACAUGUUACCUGGCUUUACUAUUACCUGUUUAAUCAUCAUGGCUGCUGCUGAUAUUUAUUUUAUGAAUGUUGUUAUUGUUUUAGUGUUUUUUUAUAUUGUUCUGUUUUAUAUUUUUAGAAUUAUAAACUUGCCAGAAUCACUUGGUUGAGUUGGGAGGCUAUGUAAAAUGAACAAAGAAACAAAUGAACUAACAAAUGUUUUGCAAAUAUUUACUUUGCUGCUGUGAUAUUGAUCUAUUCUAAAAGAUUUGGUCAUAUGUUUUUACAGAUGCAUUAUUAAAAUAAGAAUUGGUUCUUUCCAAAUCUGAGAAAAAAGGAAUGCCACUUUCCCUUAAAAAUUAUUUGAUGUGUGAAAUAAAUAACCAUAUAAUAUAUAUGUAAAAGAAUCCAACAUUUUUAGCAUAUCCUAGCUACAGAGAUGA